AUUUCGGGUUUAGUGUAAUUAUAAUAAUAAUUUCGGCAAUAGGCCCAGGUAUUAGUUUUGUAGUGGGAAGGUCAUUAAAUUUUGGUGGGAGCCGGUCCUAGCUUUUUUCGGAGUAUAUAAACACACGGUGUCGAGAUGAAGAGCUACAGUUUUUAUUUUGUUCAAGCCUACUUGAUCAACUAAACAAAAAAUCAUCAUGAAAAUGAUCAUCGCCUUAUUUGCCUUCGUGGCCGUAGCAGUAGCUGCUCCCCAAGGUGAGGUUACGGUGGUAAAAUCAUACGAGAAUGAUAACACCGGAUUCGACAACUACCGCUACAGCUACGAACUGUCUGACGGUCAACAGAAAGAAGAAUCAGGUGAACUGAGAACCGUCCCAGGAGCUGAAUCUCCAUCGUACGUUGUCCGUGGUAGCUACAGCUGGGUCGACCAAGAGGGUCGUGCUUACACCGUCACCUACGUCGCUGACGAAAACGGAUACCAACCAAGUGGUGAACAUCUUCCCAAGUGAAUUUACACUAUGACUUUCUUAGUCUUCUACUGUGUGCCAAUUUCCUGACUUGUUAAUUUUGUUUUCAUUUUUCAAUAAACAUCCGUUGAUUUUAA